UUCUUGCUCUCUCUGCCGGCUAAUGCGGUCAAGCCUCUCGUGGCCGGGCGUGGGUUUUAUUUUUGCGACUUGUUCAAUGAGAGAGCCUUCAACCAGCAGUAGAUAGAGCGUGGCUGUUGACGGUGAUGACGGGAAAGUUAAUCGGCACGGUAUCCGAACCCGAUCCGGAUGACACUUAAAAAAAUCGCGCCCUGUAUACGCGAUAAUGAAUAACACGUUGCGUACAGUGUACUUAUAUAAGCCGUAGACGACGUGAGAAGGAAGGCGCGUGGGGGUUUAGCCCCGGCUCGAGAGCCCCUCCAGGCGGUAACGCGUCCCGACGCUUGUCAGAAGACGCGCGCUGCCCCUACUCGCAUGGCUGCUGGGGGAACGCGGGCGGGCGGGCGGGCGGACGGGCUGGGUUCGACCAGCACCACCGCCAGUGUUCCACCACAGCCGCGCCGCGAUAUUUAAUCGAACCGGCGACCUCCGGAUGGCAAAGGUGGUGAUGGAGGCGUACCAGCAAGCUCCAGAUGGAGGCUGGGGCUGGCUCAUUGUCCUGGCCGCUUUCGUUCAGGUGUCCCUGGUGUUUGGCGUGGUGCGCUCUGUCGGAGUCUUUUUCAUAGAAUUCACAGAAUACUUUCAAGAAUCCUCCACGGCCAUCUCAUGGAUCACAUCCAUUGCCCUCUGUGUGCAUCAGUUCGCAAGUCCCAUUGCCAGUACGCUCAGCAACCAGUUUGGGUCGAGAUCCGUGGUGAUCGUGGGCGGCAUUUCAGCUUGCAUUGGAUUUCUUUGCGCUUCCUUCGCACACUGUCUCCUGCACCUGUACCUUUCUCUUGGACUGUUGACAGGUUUUGGCUGGGCCAUGGUCUUCAGUCCAUCAAUAUCAACAUUGUCAAAGUAUUUUGAUAAAAGGAGAUCCUUGGCUUUAGGGAUUGCAUUUUCUGGCGUGGGAAUGUCGUCCUUCGCCUUCUCUCCGCUAUUUCAAAUGCUCGUGGAGACAUACACAUGGAGGGGAGCGCUGAUGAUCCUCGCUGGCCUUGAGCUCAAUCUGUGUGUCUGUGGUGCUUUGUUGAGACCAAUUCGCCUGAGAGAAGAUGAUCUGUUUCAAACUGAAAACGCAGCAAAACACCGAUCCUUGACAACACUGAAGAAGCUGCAUGCGUUGCUGGAUUUGGAUUUGCUCAAACAUCGCGGGUUUAUGGUGUUCACACUUUCAUUCACCUUCAUCAACACUGGGUUUUUUAUACCCUAUGUGCACUUGCUGGCACACCUGCAAAUGCUUGGCUUCAGUAGUUUGUCUGGAGCCUUCGUAAUAUCUGCCGUUGCAGUGGCUGAUAUAGUCGCUCGAUUGUUUUCUGGGUGGCUGGCAGAUCUGCGCAGAAUUCCUAUGGUACAUUUGUUUUUUUUUUUGACAUUCACGACAGGAAUAAUAAUUGUAAUUAUCCCUUUUGGACAAACGUACACGGACAUGAUUGUAAUUGGCAUCGUGUAUGGAUUUGCAAGUGGCGCGAUGGCACCGAUUGGUGUCUCUUUGCUCUCCAAAAUUGUUGGGAUUGCACGCAUUACCAGUGCAAUCGGCUUUUUGAUGCUGCUGGAAAGCGUUGGCAGCCUGCUGGGCCCUCCAAUCUCAGGUUUUCUAAAAGACUACACAGGGGAUUAUACAAUGUCAUUUAUUGCCUCCGGAUUGGUUAUUAUUCUCGGAUGUUUGGUUCUCCCGAUGCUGGAAAUUUUUUUUUCUUGUUCUACGUCCAUGGACGUUGCUAUGGAUAAACAACACCAAGGAACGGAAAAUGAAGACGAAUCCCCAGUGUCUGGUGAGGUAAAGCAACCUCUCGGGCGGCUCUCGGCCGAGCGAUGUGACCAACAUGAGGUCACCAACGGUGCAGAUCUACCACCCGGGGUGAUGUCCUCUCAAGUCAUUUGUGAGACUCCAUCACCAGCCACACAUGUGUGAGGACCACAACAACACGCGGUUGGGGCCAUACGUUACAAUUGGCGUUGCACAUCUACACCGAUAGUGUUAACAUUUUUCCAGAUUUAAUUUUUAAAUUAAAUCGUGCUUUUAUUUUUGUAUUGUCGGAAUUGUAUGCAUUCUACAGAGAUGACAGGGGUGAUUCAUACUUUGGGGUGGAUGGAAGCUAAAAUGUUGUGAAGCCAGGUCGCCCUUGUAAUAGCGGCGAUUACUCGUACACCACUGGGUUUAUUGCAUCUCCUGGUUAAAUAGCGGACUGCAAAACUCACGAUAGGGAAGUGUCACGCAUCUCAAAAUUGUGCUUACCCCCAUUAUCUUCAUAAUAACAUCACGAUGAUUGUUAACAAUGUAGUCAUUGUCACGAAGUCAUAAUUAUCUUGUUCAACAACAACAAUGUGGAUUAAUAUAGCAUUUUAUACUAUACUUUUGACACUACACAGGAACUGAUUUACAUCACCAAAUCCAGGAGACAUCAAUGACCAUGGACACUUGCCACGGUGACUGCACACAUUAAACAGAAUCACGCAAUGAAAUUGAGUUAAAAUUGUAUUAAGAGAAGACAACCAAAACCCACUGUCCUAUAAGGAGGGACCUAUUUACCCCUACAGCCACACACCCAUUAGUCAUAAUUAACUUGAUGGUGUUUGUACCAUAACAGAGUAGAAACAGCGGAGUAUUGUUGAGGUCGACAGCGAGGGCCUCACCGGUUUCUCGAGUGGGGUUGGCUCGAUGCUGUCAGUUUAGCGGCAGGAGGGAGCAGGGACUGUGCUCGCAUCGGGCAGAGAUCAUAUCAGUCUGUAAAUCAGUCUUCCGUGAGAAGAACUCUGAAGCCACUCAGGAUUAUUGGGGUGAUUUGAAUCAUCUCGGGCUGCAAGUGUGAGUCGACCCGUUGUAAUGAGUAUAUCAGUGCCUAUGCACUUGAUGUUUUUUUUGCAUUUUUACCAGCGUUGGUUAGGCUUAAAAGGAUCUCAUAAAUAUAAUUUACUCUUUAAUUGUAAAGAUAUCACUGUGAAUACAUGCUAUUCAGUUGUGUGCAGACUAUUUUACUGCAGAUUUUACUUGUUUAGAAAAUAACAGACCAUCGCCGAUUCUUAGAAUUGCCACAAUUGUUAACACCUCUGUUAAGGACUCAUUCUUAUGCAAGAGACGUGUGCCAGAUGGGUCAGAAAUAUGAAUUGGAUAGUGACAUGCAUCACAUGUGUGUGUGUCACGUAUGUGUCAAGUGUGUGACACGUUUCAGUUGUUGCAUUUAAGACAAUCCUGGUAUGGGGGAAGAUUUAGCCAUAUGGGGGAUGACGUCUGUGCCUUUGUUGACGGUAAAGUCACGUACCGAAAGAACCAAGAAUAUGAAUCCCUGCAGUCACGAAAGCUUUAAAUCGAAAUUUAGUAUCGUUUAUGUAAACUGCGGGAGAAACUGUGUUGAACCGGGGCUACAGUGUCCGCUCCGCUUGUGAAUGUAGACGUGGCGUCUGGUGCACGAGGUCCGCGUUUAAGUGACACGGGCGGUGGGUGGCAUUGGGUUCAACACGUGUAUAUGAGGAAACUUAUGUUAUUUUUUUAAAAUUAAAAGUCAAGAGAAAGAAGCAGUUUGUUUUUGGCAGUUGUGGUUUAAAAGGCAGAAUGAAUGUGAUGCGAUACUUUUUUAAAUAAAUCUUUGAAAAAAAAUCAACAUUA